ACAUCAAGGGGCGGAACGUGCGAGACAAGGAGUCGUUAGGGCGCUGCGCAGAGCCACUCGCCGUCUCCUCGCUCGGACGGUACUAAACUUGCUGCUCUGCCUGCGCCCGUUUGCCGUUUGCACUCGGCCGCCGCCAACGUGCUGACUGCAGGUUGAGGAGUUGCCGAGCCGCCGCCGAGAGAGCCGAGCGCUCGUCUCCUGCACAUUAGCAUGUUCCACUUUUUAAUCAUCUUCCUCUUCGUCAGAUGUUGCUGCAGUUUAGAGUUCAAUGAAAUUUUGCCGCAAGACGCGCGGCAUUACGACAAAAUGCGUCCGCCGAAGAAGGAGGGCAUGCCGACGACCGUCUUCUUCCACGUGACGGUGAUGGGCCUCGACUCGAUCGACGAGACCUCGAUGACCUACGCCGCCGACAUCUUCUUCGCGCAGACGUGGAAGGACCACCGGCUGCGGCUGCCCGAGAACAUGACCUCCGAUUACCGGCUUCUCGAGGUUGACUGGCUGAAGAACAUGUGGCGACCCGACUCGUUCUUCAAGAACGCGAAGGCCGUCACCUUCCAGACCAUGACCAUCCCCAACCACUACCUCUGGCUCUACAAAGACAAGACCAUCCUCUACAUGGUCAAGCUAACCUUAAAGCUGUCUUGCGCGAUGAAUUUCCUCAUCUACCCGCACGACACGCAAGAGUGUAAACUGCAGAUGGAAAGCCUGUCGCACACGACGGACGACAUGAUCUUCCAGUGGGACCCGGAAGUGCCGCUGGUGGUGGACGACAACAUCGAGCUGCCGCAGCUGCAGCUGGUGAAGAACUACACGGCCGACUGCACGCAGGUCUACUCAACCGGAAACUUCACGUGCCUGGAGGUCGUGUUCGUGCUGAAGAGACGCCUCGGAUACUACCUUUUCCACACCUACGUCCCCACCUGUCUGAUCGUCAUCAUGUCUUGGGUGUCGUUUUGGAUCAAACCUGAGGCGGCCCCGGCCCGCGUGACCCUGGGCGUGACCUCGCUGCUGACCCUGUCGACGCAGCACGCAAAGUCGCAAGCGUCCCUGCCGCCUGUGUCCUAUCUAAAGGCCGUGGACGCCUUCAUGUCCGUGUGCACCAUUUUUGUGUUCAUGGCGCUGAUGGAGUACUGCUUGGUCAACAUCGUGCUCGGCGACAACGACGCCCCGAAGCCGCCGCCCGACCCCAAGGCAGACAAAGUGUUCGACCUGGCCGCAAAGAAGGAGAACGCUCGCAUCUUGACUGGGCAGCCGCCGGCCCCGCCAAAGCCGACCAAGGCCCAGAAGGCUCGGCUGCGCGCCCUCAACAUCGAUCGCUGCUCGCGAUGCGGAUUUCCGCUCUUCUUCUUCAUUCUCAACGCCACGUACUGGGUGCUCUUCUUCGAGUAUCUCUAAAUCGCGGCACGACGACGCGCGCGCCUUGCUAGUUUCGUCUCUUCUCACCCUCUCUCCAAUUCUCUAUCAUUUAUUUGUUAUUAUUAUUUUAUUUCUCUGGCUGAAAAUUCGAUUCUUGUUAAAUAUGAAACACAAAAAUCUUUUUAGCCGUUUUAAACUAAAAAUCAAUCGUCAUUUUCCACCUGUUCCUUAAUGGUGUAAUUGAAUAUUGUUAAUAAAAAAAAUAUUCCUGCUAGUGCCGGAUCAAGACUACAGGGUUGUACAUAUAAUUGUAACGUUUUUUGACCACGCUUUUCACCUGCACUUUUUGCAUUUAAUUUUAAAUCGUUUUCUCAUUUGUAUAGCAGUGCAUGUGACACACAACUUGACUCUCUAUGAUAUCAAAAUCCCAAUCGUUCUUGGUUUCGAAAUAAAAUAUAUAGAUUUCGUCAAAAAAUUUUUUGAUUGUAAAACGUUUCAGAUUUUAAUCCAGUAGAUUAUGAUGCGCUUGUAAAAAUUUAGGAAAUGUGGAAAUGGAGCAACGCAUUAAAAUAAAACUGAUAGAAUAGUUCAAACCGAGGUUAAUAUCUUGUAAAUCGAUCGCUGUGUAGACCAAAAAUUAAGGAGGAAAAAUGAUAUGCUGACUUGCAAUUUUGAAUGAAAUAAAACUGUUUAUGCUCAA